GCCUACCUCCUCCUCCGCUCCUUUGUGAUUCCUUCAGCCCCCAUUGUAUCUUCCCGAAUCCCCAACGCUUCUUCCUCAACUUCACUGCUGAUUCUUGUUCGUCUUCGGUCCCUCGCCUGUCUCCAAGUGCGACCGCUUCUGCUUCUACUUGCUCUCUGGGCUGGGUCUCUUUGAAAGUAGUCGCAAUCAAACUGGAUAGAAAUUUGGCAGCAUGACCAAGCACGUCAAAUUGUAUGCAUCAGAUACCAUUCUUGGACCAGCACAACUUCAGGCACAAAAUUUUUCGAACUCUGAGCGGAAAGCUGCCCCGCAGCAUGGGGACGGGAACUUGCUGAAACCAGCGGGUAUCCUAACCCGAGGGAAAUCCGAGGGGGAGUGCUCUAUCCCAUGCUUCCAUGGUGCAUCUACAUGUGAAUGGAGCCGGGCAGCAAGCGAUCCUACCCCUGGAAUUUUCCUUCAGCCGAGCAAGGGAAAUCAGGAACUGUUGUAUCAAGAUAUUUGGAAAAGUCAUGUACAGAACAAAGCGUUUGAGAUCCAAAACUACGCUGAAACUAAGUUGUAUUUGAACAUUUGGUGAUAUUUUGUAGAUAAAUAGUGAAAGAUAUCA